AUGUCUACGUCUUCCUCUCGUUCAUCCUCUCCAACCAGGGCUUCCACUGAAGACCUUGCAGAUCGAUCAAAGGUCACACCUCAACAGGUGAUUGACAAGUUCUGGAAACAAUUCACCACAAAGAACCCAGGAAAGGCAACAACUGUCAUUCCCUCAAACACCUACACUGAGUUUGCUGCCAAAAGAGGCAAUCAGGUGACUACAACAACCUGCCAGGCUUCGUACGAAGACGCCGCAGCAACAUGCCGUGCCAAAGUCGAAAAGAUCAUCAAGGAGUGUCGUCGCAUUAACAAAAAGUACCGUGAUCCUCACUUUGACAUCGAGUUGGAUCUCAAAUGGGGUCAAAAUGACUGUCUCCGUUCUCUCUCCAACAGAGAUGAAUUUGUCCCUGGUGAGGACCUCAGACCCGAGAGUGUCAAGCGUGUCGGUGAUAUCUUCGACAAGCCUCGCUUCUACAUCGACGGUCCUACUGCCAAUGACAUCAGACAGGGCCGCAACGGAGAUUGUUGGCUCAUCGCUGCUCUUUGUACCCUGAGUGAGAAGCCGGGUAUGAUUGAAAGGCUUUGUGUCGCUCACGAUCAGGAUGUUGGCGUUUAUGGUUUCGUAUUCUACCGCGAUGGCGAGUGGAUCUCGGAAAUUGUUGAUGAUUUCCUCUAUCUAAUCAAGCCUGACUAUGAUGAGGGCUAUCUCGACCGAGUUCUCUUUGAUGACAUCGAGCGAGUUGACCCAGACGAAGCCUAUCGCCGCAUCUUCCAGUCCAACAGCGGUGCUCUCUACUUCGCCCAGUGCGCCCAUCCCCAGGAGACUUGGCUUCCUCUUCUUGAGAAGUGCUAUGCCAAGGCUCACGGAGACUACUGCUCGAUUGAGGGUGGUUUCGGAGGCGAGGGUCUCGAAGACCUCACUGGAGGCAUCACAUCUGAGCUGGCCACAACUGACAUUCUCGACAAGGAGUACUUUUGGAAGGAACAGCUCCUCAAGGUUAACGAAGAAUUCCUCUUUGGCUGCAGCACUGGAAUCUUUGGCGGAUGGGGAGAGCGUAAGGGGAUUGUUGAAGGUCACGCCUACUCUAUCCAAAAGGCUGUCGAAAUUGACGGCAAGCGAUUGCUCAAGGUCAAGAACCCCUGGGGCAAGCAUGAAUGGACUGGCCCGUGGAGUGACGGGUCAAAGGAAUGGACCGCCGAGUGGCUUCAAAAGCUCGGCCAUCGCUUCGGAGACGACGGAGACUUCUGGAUCUCAUACGAAGACUUACUUAGAAAAUACCAGGCUUUUGAGAGAACCCGUCUCUUCACCCCUGAUUGGCGAGUCACCCAGCUUUGGACAUCGAUGUCCGUCCCCUGGGCUCUGGACUAUCACGACACGCAUUUUUCUUUCACUCUUUCCAACUCGGGACCUGUCGUGAUUGCCUUGUCCCAGCUCGAUGACCGUUUCUUCCGAGGUCUCGAGGGGCAAUACCGAUUCGAGCUUGGCUUCCGUCUACACAAGGCUGGCCACUCUGACUAUGUCGUGCGCAGCCAGACUCCUUUCCGCAUGACACGUUCCGUCAAUGUUGAGCUCGAGCUCGAUGCAGGCGACUACGAAGUCCGUGUCAAGAUCAACGCUACACGCGAUCAUGAAAUCCUGCCUAUUGAAAACGUCAUCAAGAACAACGCCAAGUCACGACGUGAGAAGCUCCUCCGCAUCGGUCUCGCUUACGACCUCGGCCACUGCAAGGGGCGAUUCGUCGAGACUCCCGAGGAAAAGAUUGCUCGCCAGGGGCAUGAGAAGAAGAUCAAGCAGAAGAAGCGGGACAAAAUCAGGACCAAGAUUCUCAAGGAUCGUGAGGACGGCCAUUACCUUCUGAAGCAAGAUUUCCAGAGGAGCGAGCAUAAGAGACUCAAGAACAAGGAGAGGAAGAAGCUCAAGGAAGCUGCCCUAAAGGCUAAGCGAGAGGCUCGCCUAGCUGAGAAGAAGGCCAUCAAGGCUGAAAAGGCUGCUCAAAGGGCAUUGAGACGUGAAGCCAAGGCAGCAGCAAAGGCAGAGGUGGAAGCAAAGGAAAAGGCAGAGGCAGAGGCCAACCAGAAGGAACAAGCCGAGAAAAAGGUCGAGGAGGUGGCUGAAAAGUCCGAGACUGAUGCUCCCAAGCCAGAAGAGCCCAUGACUCCUGAGUCCGAUAACUCUGGUGAGCAGGAUGCCGUUGAAGAAAAGCCUGCCGAAGAGAAGCCUCCCGAACAAGUUACUGAAGAAGCCAAGGGAUCUGAAUCCGAUUCUGAAUCGUCAUCGGACCAAGAUACAGAAGAAGAAGUCGAGACCGACGUCGAAAGCAUCGGCACUCUUCUCGACCUUGCUGACCGAGAAAUUUGGAUACACGUCAACAAUUACACUGGCGAAGUCCCAGCGUCAGACUCAGACUCGUCCUCCGACUCCGAAUCUGAAGCCGGUGACGAUGCUGAAAAGGACCCAUGGAACGCUGUCGCGGUCGUCGGUAUCCGUAUCUUCCACAAGGGUCUGGGCGAGGGUGAGGAAGACGGCGACCUCAACCUCAAAGUGAUCCGUCCCAUCCGUUUCGGCAAGGAUGACGAGGAAGUUGACGUUGACAAGAAGUGUAGCACCAAGGUCUUGGACGUGGAUGAUAGUGCAAAGGACGCCACGCUUGUGGGAGACACACAGGAGAAGAUUCGAUUCAUCAAGGGUGAGAGUCCGAGAAGAAGAACUGUUACGUCCAUGUUCUGA